AUGUUGUGUUUCUCUAUAGAUUCUCCAGACUCGUUAGAGAACGUUCAAUCGAAAUGGGUUGGUGAGAUUGCGGACCAUUGCGAGGGUGUCAAAUUGGUGUUGGUGGCUUUAAAAUGUGAUUUGAGAAAUAACGAAGAUACAGAUGUCGACCAAAAUGGAGGAAAUACAGGAGGGGCAGAAGAUGAAUCGUUCAAUCCAUAUUCGCAGUCGUCUUCAAAUCCAUACCAACAACAGAAACGAUUAAUAAGUUACGAAGAGGGCUUGGCUGUCGCCAAAAAAGUCGGUGCUUUAAGAUACUUAGAAUGUUCGGCCAAAAAGAAUAGAGGUGUUAACGAGGCUUUCUCUGAAGCAGCUAGAUGUGCUCUUAACGCCAAGCCAAAAGGUGCUAAUGAUAAUGAACCAGAAAAAAAAAGUUGUGUUAUAAUGUAA